UCCGGAAACGUGUGUCGGUAGCUAGGGAAACAACAUGGCUGCGGGAUCCAGCCGUGCGGACAGCGAGCUACAGAAAGAGUUAAUUUGUGCCAUCUGCCUUGACUACUUCAACGACCCCGUCAUUCUGAAAUGCGGACACAAUUUCUGCAAGUUCUGCAUCCUGAUGCACUGGGAGGAGAACGGAGGAGAGGACGUCGGUUAUCAAUGCCCCGAGUGCCGAAUGAUAUUUAACAAGAUCAGCUUCACCAAGAACUACCUGGUUAAGAACCUUGUUGAUAAGCUGAGUGAUUUGGAGUGUCUGAAUCCCUGUAAGCAGCCGGCUCCAUCCAAACAUGUCAAACUAGACGGGAAAUGCGACAGGCAUGGAGAGGAGCUGAAGCUCUACUGCCACACCGACAGCAAACCCAUCUGUGUGGUGUGCAGGGAGUCCCGGGCGCACAGACACCAUGAUGUGGCUCCUGUACCAGAGGUCCUCGAGGAUAUGAAGAGCGAGCUGCGUCUCAGGCUGGUGGAAUUAACAUGGCAGAAGACUGUGUGUACCAGAGUGAAAGCUGUGGACGAGCAAACCAAGAAUGAAGCCAAGUUAAAAAAGCUGAAGCUGAAGGAGAAGAUUGAGGAGGAUGUAGGAUCUCUGGUCCAGUUCCUGCUGGAUGAGAAGGACGACUUGCUGGAGGCUCUGGAUGCUGAGGAGGGGGCUGUCAUAGGGGUGAUAGAUGAGAACCUGAGGUGGGUGGAGACUGAGGUGGUAGCUGUGGACAAACACAUGGCCCAGAUACACAACCACAUCAGAGGAAACACCAGCUUCGAGAGCAUCACUGAGACGUACAAAAAUCCUCUAAAGGUGAGCCCUCUCAUAUCAUCUGUUAACUGUCCGGGUGACUGGAUGAAUGAGUUCUCUGGACCCCAUCAGCUGAUCUUGUGGAAAAGGAUGAUGCAUGUGCUGCACACCAUGCCCCAGAACCUGACCCUGGACCCAGACACGGCCCACCCUAACCUGGCCAUCACAGACUUCGACACCAAGGUAGAGGAGGUGCGUACACGUAGCCAGGAACCAGACCUGCCUCAGCGCUUCACCCGCUUCUGUGGCAUCCUGGCCACCGCACAAUACUCCAGCGGGCAACACUACUGGGAGGUGGAUGUGAAGGACAAGGGUGUGUGGUACCUGGGAGUGACGGGGGAGUACAGUCCCAGGAAGGGUUUCGUAAACCUGUGCCCCUCCUCCGGCUACUGGAGCCUGAGUCUGCAGGACAGGCUGUACGCUAACGAGGAGGACGCCAAGAUACCUCUGGCCGACUACUGGAACUCUCCGCGGGUGGGCGUGUACCUGGACUACGACGCAGGCCGCGUGUCCUUCUACGACGCAGUCACCAUGAAGAAGUUGUACAUGUUCGACGCGUACUUCGAAGAGCCGGUGUCUCCGUUCUUCAGCCCGGGGAAGAACGAUCCUGGGAGCAGACUGCAGAUCUGUCAUUACUACUGAGGCGGUGGGUGGGUGUGUGUGUGCCUGGGUAGACGAUUAGGUCUACAGCAAACUCUCAGAGAGCGUGUGUGUGUGUGUGUGUGUGUGUGUGCCUGGGUAGACGAUUAGGUCUACAGCAAACUCUCAGAGAGCGUGUGUGUGUGUGUGUGUUAGGCUACUCAUUCCAGAGUCACUGUUGAUGAUGUAUGGUCAACCAUUCCAGCUGUGGGCUUUAUGCCAGAACCCCUGGAGUGUUCUAGAAUGGGACUAAUUAUACUGUGGCUUUAUGCCAGAACCCCUGGAGUGUUCUAGAAUGGGACUGAUUCUACUGUGGCUUUGUGCCAGAACCCCUGGAGUGUUCUAGAAUGGGACUGAUUCUACUGUGGCUUUGUGCCAGAACCCCUGGAGUGUUCUAGAAUGGGACUGAUUCUACUGUGGCUUUAUGCCAGAACCCCUGGAGUGUUCUAGAAUGGGACUGAUUCUACUGUGGCUUUGUGCCAGAACCCCUGGAGUGUUCUAGAAUGGGACUGAUUCUACUGUGGCUUUGUGCCAGAACCCCUGGAGUGUUCUAGAAUGGGACUGAUUCUACUGUGGCUUUGUGCCAGAACCCCUGGAGUGU